UUCAGCUCAACUACCAUGUCGAAAGAUAGACUAGUUUGUACCGAGGAGCGCCCAGAUGACUACUUACUAGUUUUCCUUUGUUAUCAUGUGCCAGUCUUUAUUUUGCUUUAUUUUAUACCUCUUGUAAUUCUGUCCUUUACGUUCGCAAGAGUUUCGAGAAAACUCCGCACCGUUGUGCAACGAUUUCGAUCACGGUCACGAUUUGAUAUCUGUGGCACCGUGAAAAUGCGAAGGAGCACCAUAAGAAUGCAUUUAGUUGUAUUUAUAGUGUUGGUGGUGUGUCUAACGCCCCUGAAAGUCAUUGAGUUGUUGCAUGUGACACCUAUAAUGGACCAGUUCGACCCAUUCGGGACGCUCGUUGUUACUGUGGAGAUACUAGCCUUUUCGCAUGCGCUGUUUAAUCCCUUAGUGUGUUCGUUUAAGAGCAAAGAAUUCAGGAAGGCUGCAAAGAAGGCUUUUCGCAUUUCCCGGAGUCUAAAGGGCGAUUACUGCAUGCGCAUCCGCAAGAGAGAGGACACUGAAUGCAAGCUGAAACAAGUGAAGCAAAGCGAAGCCAUUGGUGCGGACAACGAAAAGAGAGCGUGGACGGACCAUCAAAAUCCCAGCGAGCCUGGAGAUGUUUGGAAGGAAAAAGGCACUCGUAACGAUGGAUUUUCGUUUGCUUUAAAUACUCUAGCGCGAACAGAAAGCUCUUUGACUGAAACGACUGAUAUACCUAGGGAGGAAGACUAUGGCAAAAGUUAGAGUAAAUUAAGCCACGCAUAUUUAAAUGAGCUACAUCAUGCUUUGCUCGUCUUGAAAAGUUUAGCGUAAAAUGUUCAGGUUCAUCGUUUGUAAUCCGAGUUAAUCU